ACCCGCUGCGCCGCGCUCCCGCCGCCCGCCUCAGGGGCCCACGGCCGUCGCCAGCGGGGGCGGGGAGAGGAGCGCGGGCGGGCACGGCAUACAAAAAACCGGCCUUCUGUACUCUCCUGCCCGCUCUGCCCCCGAGCUCACGAACUCGAUUAAUUCCGUGUUUCACGAAAACAAGCUCUUGGAAGCAUGUGGGAACUGGGCAGAGCAGAACUGCAUGCCUGUGAUAUGUGUUGCACCUAACUUGCAGUCUAACAGUUCAUCUAUCUACCCUGGUGUUCUGGGAGAGGCUGUGGCCAAGCUACCAAGUCAUGCUGCAGGUACGUACUGAUUUUGGGAGACCAGCUCCUGCUCAGGGAAGUUAUUUCUUUGAAGAAGAGGAAAGCAAUGGAAUUUAGCCCAAAUGUAUGGCAUCUAUCUUCUGACAUUUGACCAAGACGUGUAAAUCAGGAGCUAGGUUACGCUUUAUACAUGUGAUGUCAGUGUAGGGAAAGAGGAUUUUAGUACUUGAAUUGCUUUACAGAAGUUCUUAGGACCUUGUAUUAAUUAUACAGAGAACCUAUGUUCUCUAUGUCCUUAACUUAGUUUUUCAGUUGUGUUGAAUGAAUCCCCAGCUCCUGGGCCUGAAAAAUCUGCCAAAGAAACCAAAUGGAAAAGCUGUACUUUAGCUUACUUACAGCAUCUAAUCAACCUUCAGGAUCUUUCCAGAGCAUCUGGUUUGAGAAGGAAGGGCUGACCAGGCCAGUGACUGACUGCAUGAAACUGUGCAAGUGACAUUUUCAUUUAGAUUUAGGAAAAGACUUGGGAAUGAUAUGGUCUAAUUUGGCAGGAAAGUGGGGGGAAAAGACUAUUAUUAGAUGUGCCUAACCCUGAAUAGAGGAGGUGCUAGCAAAUUACUGAACCUUCAACUGGCUGAAGAAGAUUGAUACAUAAUCCUUCAGUAAUUUCAUUUUUAUAAGAAGCUCUUUUUUUUAAUUUCUUUUCAUUUAAUGCUACCCCCUCCUAGCCUUUCUUUCUUUGGAACUUUUAAAAAACAAAAACUGAAGGAAUGAACUUAAAAUCACACUAGAAUAAUCAUUUUCAAGAAAAAUCUAAAUAUUAAAUAGGCAAACAAAUUGUUCUCAAGUCAGAAGACCUGCCAUCUUGAGAGGCAAAGCUCAUGAGGCAGAACAGAGACUUGGGAUAAUGAUGGGAAUUUUUCUUUCACUUCUAGAUCAUCUGUUCUGAUUUUCACCCCAUUUGGGGAUGAAUGACUGGCUUGCAGAAACAGAAGAACAGGUAUUGAGCCUUUCAACCUCUCUGGGUUUACGCUGACCAAAAGAUCAGUCACAGUCUAUCAGUAUAAGCCACAGUUUUAAAUCUUACGUUAGGAUGUGAAUGUAAGUCAGAGACCUUACCACCUCUAAAUUACUGUGGAAAAACUGAAUAUCACAGUGACAUUUAAGAAAGGGAUCCUUUCAUCUGAAACUUGCUUUUUGUGGUCCAGCAGCAGUUGCUUGAAGUACACUUACUUUCUGGAAGUUGAACUGCAAAAUUAGCACCCUUGUUAACAGUAUCAGCACAUAGGACAAAGACAGGUUUGUGGCUGAAUUGCUGCUUAGCGGCUGUGUGGUUUGGAUGGUUGCUAGGUGUUCUACAGCUGUCUUGGAGAUAAAGAGGACUUUUUUGUUAAUAAGACUGCCAGUCUACUGCCUUUCAGUGUGCCUAAUCGUACUUGCUUAAGGAAAAAACAGAGAGGACAGAGGCAUUUAAACAGGCAGUGUGUUCUUUGUGGAUAUGCAAACUAUGUAUGACUUACAGCAGAAGUUUGUUUUUCACAGGACAAAACGUGACAAUAAAUGACUGCUGUCCCUUAACUAAACAGGGGGAGGGACUUGUGAAUCUGUGAGGAAGAUUAUAUAGACUGAGGCCUGAACUCUGAACCAUUAAAAUAUCUUCUCCAACCAGUCCGACUGGGAGCACAGCAGAGAGAUUGACUGGGGAAACUAAAAGCAGCAGAGAUUGCUGCUUUUGCAUAUGCAUACCUUGAAUAUUAACCCUUUACCUAUCCCACUGUUUUUCCUACAGUUGGGGGCUGUAGAAACUGUGAAAGGAGGAGCAAAAGGAGGAAGAUUAUCCAUUAUAUUUUUAAACAGGAAUCUGAAUAGGUUCCCCAAGUGCACUUGGGGAAAGUGCCUGUGGAAAGUAACACAUUUCAGUAAAGAACGCAUUUAAAUGAGGAAUUGUCCUUUGCAUUUUACCCACUUUUUAAUGGGGAAUGAGGUAUAGGACAGAUCCCCUGCUCUUUCAUGGAGAAAAUAUUUCAGAGAGUCAGUGCAAGUUAGUACAAGAAUAAGAGGAAAGCUGAAACCAGAGCCUGAGCCUGCCCUCUGCAGCUGUAGUCAUCUUUCUAGCUCAAGAAAAUUUUUAGUCCACAUGCCUCUCCUGGUUUCUCAGGGGAUGAAAGUCCACAUCUGUUAUGGUCCCAAAACCAGGACAACAUCACAGAGCUAUUUCACUAAUACUAUUUUGCCCACUUCUGCCAGUCUCUGUAGAGAGAUCAAGCAAUGAAGAAAACCACGCCUGGUUUUCACCAUUUUGCACACAUGGACAGUAAAUGCCAGAUGGAAGAAUAAUCCCAGAGAGAAGUUUAAGAUGUACUGGUGUACAGAUGUGCUGAUACGCAGUCUCUCUUACGGGUAAAUUAACUGUUGUGUUUCAGUAUCUAAAGCUAUUGCCUCUAUUGCAACUAAAAUUUUCCCACAACAAAAUACUGUAUGCAGCACCAAAGUGUUAACAGGAGUAGGUAAGUUUUGCUCAAACAGUUGGCAGAGAUCAUAUCUUCUGCAUUUUCCCAAAGCCACCUGCGUGGUGGUGUUGAUUGUGAAAUGAACUUUGUCUCUCAAUGAUAGGUCUCAUAUUGUUUCCUCUUGUGAUAAAACUCUCCUCUCACUUGUAUGAAUUAGAUUGUGUUCCUGAUAGAAAGCUUUUUCAGCAUCUGGAGUCUGAGGGGUUUUGUACAGAUUUUCUGUUCCAAGAACCCAUUUUUUUCUAAACGUGAACCUGUAAUCUGAAGUGUAUGAUUUCUGUUUGUUACGUUAGCCUAUCCCUCUUGAUCUGUGUUUGCCUGCCUUUCAAAUUAUGCUCCAAGUCCCCGCCCGUGGACUCUUUGCUUUGCCUCUGUCAUCUGCAGGUGAGCAGCUGGUGCGUAGAAGCCAGGCAGACCCGUUUUACAAGUGUGUGGCUACCUGUCAGUUCCUGUGUUGGACAUAUACUCACACAAUCUCCCUGAGGAGACAGCUGAGAAGACCUUGAGGAAUAAGGAAUUGACGCUGGUCAGGUCUGGGGUAGGAAAAUUAGUGAGGAGGAACUUAGUCAUAAGAAUUACAGCCACACAAGGCAACCAUCAGCAUUAUCAGGAGAGGCCUCAGAGAAACUAGGAACUGGCAGCAGGCAAGUUUCAGGAAAAGACUACCGCAGGGCAAGAGAAGUGGUGUAAUUCAGAUUACCUGUGAGGAGUAACUUUCUGUGACCUUAAUUCAGGGGGAGUGUGAUCAAGCUGGAGAUGCUGCUCGAUAGCCCAGAGGUGCCUUAUGGUGAGAGAUGAGAUGACUUGAUGGGCCAGGCAAACCUUGCAAAAUUGUCACGAUCUGAGGUUUUCUGAACGCAGAAGAGGCAGGAAGGCAGAGGUCAGAGACCCACUUGCUUGUAAUUGAACAUGGCAGGACAUGUAAAAAGAUUCACACGCAUGCUACUGGAAUGCAACAGCAAUGACAAGCUAUGUGUUGUGCGUGAAUAUCAGACUGAAGUGAUUGUUGUCCCGGUUCUCCUUGUGGGUUUUUUUGUCAUCGUGCUAACUGUGAUUCUUUGGCUCCACUGUCGAGGGUUGCGAGCAAAGCAGGAGCAAUCAUCAUCGUCUGGACACCAAGUGAAUGACAAGAAUCAGCAGGAAUCUAGCUCAACAGAGAACCGCUAUAUCCAGCUGAGUGAGACCUCUGUGGAGAGCCUGCUAAAUUCUGCAUCCUUGACUCUGAAAGAACUGGAGAUACCACGAGAGAAACUCUCACCAGGCACCUUGCAGCUGAUAAAACAUGGCUGCUGUGGGAGCAUCUACAGAGCACAACUGGAAAUUGGGAAUCCUGGGAAGACUAAGACUGUAGUAUUGAAAGCCUUACAAGACCUGGCUAGUCCCCAGGAAGUAAAGGAUUUCCUGGGAAGGAUUGAAUUCCAUCAAAAUCUUGGCCAUCAUAAGAACCUGGUUGAACUGGUUGGAUGCUGUGUAGACCAGCUCCCACUUUAUAUGAUCAUGGAAGAUGUGUCUCUUGGUGACCUGUUGACAUUUCUAUGGACAUGUCGGAAGGAUGUAAUGACAAUGGAUGGUAUCCCCUAUGACCUCACUGAGAGGCAGGUGUAUGAAGUUGGACAGCAGGUUGCAGCAGCUCUGGCUUACCUUGAACAGAAAAAGUUGUUCCAUGGUGACAUAGCUGCCAGGAAUGUCCUCCUUCAUCACAACUUCACUGCUAAGCUCUGUGGUUUGGGCCUGGCCUAUGAAACUCACACAUACGGUGCCAACUCAGUCACACAGACUGUGCCAGCCAAGUGGCAGGCACCAGAGCGGCUCCUGAAGAAACCCCCCAGCAUCAAGGCAGACAUAUGGUCUUUUGGAAUUCUACUGUAUGAAAUGAUUACAUUAGGUGCUCCACCAUAUCCGGAGGUGCCACCUUCUGAAAUCCUAUCACACCUGCAGAGACAGAACAUUAUGAAGCAGCCCUCAAGCUGCCAGCAAGCCAUGUAUGGCAUCAUGAAGUCCUGCUGGCAGUGGAACGCAACUAACCGGCCUUCCCCAGCAGGCCUGAUCCGGUCCCUACGAACAGCUGUAAAGACCAGCAAUGACCAUGCAGUACUGCAGGUGCCUGAGCUAGUGGUGCCUGAACUCUAUGCUAAUGUUGCUGGUGUUGAUGUGCACAGUCUAGUGAGAGAAUACACUAUACUCUGAAGGACCCUUCCACGUGUUAGGAAAGGAGAAGUCUCUGAGUUUGUCCUUUCUAGAUGCUUUGCAAGCUCAGAAUGAGGUGUGUAUGUUGGGAGGGAUCCCUUUGUGUUUCAAACACCUUGUAUAUAUAUCGGAUCUCUCCUCCAUGCCAGAAACAACAGACUAUUAUUAUUAUUUUUAAAUCAACCUGUUGAUAUCAUUCUGCCAGUGGUCAUUUGGAAGCAAAGUGAGGUUAGGAAGCUGUAGAAAAUAUCAUGAGAAACUUGAGUUAAAGGAGUAUAUCGGCUUUGUGUGGCAAGGUUUUGGUAGCGGGGGAGCUGCAGGGGUGGCUUCUAUGAGAAGCUGCUAGAAGCUUCCCCCAUGUCUGAUGGAGCCAAUGCCAGCCGGCUCCAAGACGGACCCGCCGCUGGCCAAGGCUGAGCCUGUCAGCAACGUUGGUGGUACCUCUGUGAUAAUAUAUUUAAGAAAUGGUAAAAAGUACUGCACAACAGCAGCAGGAAGAGAGGAGUGAGAAGAUGUGAGAGCAACAACUCUGCAGACACCCAGGUCAAUGAAGAAGGAGGGGGAGGAGGUGCUCCAGGCGCCAGAGCAGAGAUUCCCCUGCAGCCCCUGGAGAAGACCAUGGUGAGGCAGGCUGUCCCCCUGCAGCCCAUGGAGGAUGAUGGUGGAGCAGAUAUCCACCUGCAGCCCGUGGAGGACCCCACACUGGAGCAGGUGAAUGCCCGAAGGAGGCUGUGACCCCAUGGGAAGCCCGCACUGGAGCAGGCUGCUGGCAGGACCUGUGGCCCCAUGGAGAGAGGAGCCCAUGCUGGAGCAGGUUUGCUGGCAGGACUUGUGACCCCACGGGGGACCCACGCUGGAGCAGUCUGUUCCUGAAGGACUGCACCCCGUGGAAAGGACCCACGCUGGAGCAGGCGCAGAAUGUGAGGAGUCCUCCCCCUGAGGAGGAAGGAGCGGCAGAGACAAUGUGUGAUGAACUGACCACAACCCCCAUUCCCCGUCCUCCUGCACCGCUGGGGAGGAGGUAGAGAAAGGUUGAGCCCAGGAAGAAGGGAGGGGUGCGGGGAAAGUAUUUUAAAAUUAAUGGUUUAUUUCUCAUUAUCCUUCUCUGAUUGUGAUUGGCAAUAAAUUAAAUUAAUUUCCCCAA